CAAUAUAAAGUUCAAGAAAGCAAAAAAUCAUAGAAAACAAAACUACUAUUCCCUUGGUAGUUUAGCUUGGCUCAAAUUUUCCCACCAAGAAAAUCUUGAUUUUCUCAUAAACACACUCUCCAUUGCAGUUACCCUAAAAUGGCGGCCUAAGCUUCGGAAGCAGACUCCUUAUCAGGAAGCAUAUAUUUAGGUCUGCAUUAACUGAACUGUACUAUGCACUAAUUCUCCCAUUCAUUUUCACUUUGAAAUUUUCUCAACACUAUAACACCUACUUGUAAAUUCUAAGUUUUCCCUCUUCAACUCUCUCUGUACUUGUAAAACUCAAAUACACUAGUAACUGGAGAGAUUGAAGAGGGGUUCAUGGAAGAGAAGAGUACUGAUCUUGAUAAGAUGGAUGAUGUUAUGUUGCCUGGAUUUCGGUUUCAUCCAACUGAUGAAGAACUUGUUGGUUUUUACCUUAAAAGAAAGAUUCAGCAACGAUCUUUGCCUAUAGAGUUGAUUAAGCAAGUUGAUAUCUACAAAUAUGAUCCCUGGGAUCUUCCAAAGCUGGCGACUACAGGGGAAAAAGAGUGGUAUUUCUACUGUCCUAGAGACAGAAAAUACAGAAAUAGUGCAAGGCCUAAUAGAGUCACUGGAGCUGGGUUUUGGAAGGCGACUGGAACCGAUCGUCCUAUUUACUCUUCUGAUGGGACUAAAUGCAUAGGUUUAAAGAAGUCCUUAGUGUUCUAUAGAGGUAGAGCUGCUAAAGGGAUAAAAACUGACUGGAUGAUGCAUGAGUUUCGCUUACCUUCUCUUUCAGAACCGUCACCACCAAAGAAGCUCCUAGACAAAAGCCUUCCUCCAAAUGAUGCAUGGGCUAUUUGCAGAAUAUUCAAGAAAACUAAUUCUAUGGCACAAAGAGCUCUUAAUCAUUCUUGGAUGUCUCAAAUACCAGACACUACAGCAUCUAAUAUACUCAAUCAAGGAGUACAACGCUGCACACAAUUCAGUCCAGAGAACAUUUCUUGCACAACCGAAAUCGCAUCAGUUUUCCCGAUAUGUUCUAAUAAUGACUUACAACAAGCAUCCUCUGCGAGCUUUUCUGCUAUAGAUUUAUCCUCUUACAACAAACCUAUGACUCCUACUUCAGUUGACAAGCCAUCUCUAUUUCCUCUUACAAAUGGAGACCUCCUUCAUAGCAAUUUUAUGUUUUCACCACUUGAAAUUUCAGGUCAUACCAAAUGUACAGUUGAUGCCUCUUCUUCUUCUAUGCUAUUGAACCCUGCAUUAAUUGGUGAUAUUAGUAAAGUUUCUGAAAGUAUAAACUUUGAAGGGUCACAUAAUCAGCAGUUUAAUGGAUUCGCAAUCAGUUUAUCUCAAGAUACACAAGCUAAUAUGGGUGCAGAAGAAGAUGAAGCAAAUUUGAGGAAAAAUUCUAAUGGAAUUUAUGAUAAUAACCAAUGGGGAACAGUCCGAUCGAUUGGAUUUCCCUUCAGUUUGCCCUCAAAUCUGCCAUGGGAUUCACCACCUUGUCCGAGUGAGAUGUCUUCUACUUAUUCUACAAACAAAUGCUACACUUAAAUCCUACUAAUCAAAGAGGAUAUGGGAUUUAAUUAUAGCAUUUUAUAUUUAUAUAUAUAUCCUGCUUUGGGUGUUCAGUUGGAGCUUGAUAGAGUCCAAAAUGUACUAUGUUUGCUAUGUUAUUGUACAGUUUUUAUAUAUUCCAAUCAUACAGACU